AUGGUGCUCCUGGGGCAGCAUCAGCUCAACGCAGCAGUGCCCAAUCACAGAUGCUCCCAGGCACGGUUGUGUUGUCUCAUGCACAGUGCUUUAUUAAUAACCCUGAUUAAUUGUAUGAAGCCUUACCCUCCCAUGGAGGCGAGGGGCGGUGGAGCAGGAGGGAACGGGCUUUGUCCCCCCGCCCAGCCCGGGGGCGGUGCGGCACGGCCGGAGCUCCCACCCGCACAGCCCUCGCUCCUCAUCCGGUGUCCGCCGGUGCGGGGCAGAGCCACCACCCCGCGGGGCUCGCAGGCUCCCGCUGCCAUGCGGUGCCCGCUGCUCUGGGCGGGCUGGCUGCUGGCCGCCGGCUGCCUGGUGGGUGCCACGGGCAGCUGCCGCCACCGCUGCUGCCCCGGCAGGAACAACACCUGCUGGGCCCCCGCUGCCCGCCGGGCCCGCUGCUACUGCGACUCGUACUGCCAGAGGACGGGAGACUGCUGCCAGGACUACCUGGCCAUGUGCCGCCGUGCCGCAGUGGGCUGUGCUGUAGGGCCCUGGGGGCCGUGGAGCGUGUGCAGCUCCCGGUGUGGGGUUGGCAGCAGGGCCCGCAGGCGCCAGGUCACUGUGCCCCCCCGGCACGGAGGGGAUCCCUGUCCUGACCUCAAGCAGCGCCGCGGCUGCCUGGGGCAGCACCCGACCUGCGGGACGGCCGAAGGUAACGUGGGCUGCCUGCUGCCCUCCUGCGUGCUCAUCCCCGUGUGCUGCCGUCCCGGGGUGGCUUCAGUCAUCCCCGUGCCCCUCACAGCUGCUCUUCUGCCAGAGGUAGCCAAGAUACUCCCCAACUCCUUCUUCAGCCAGGACUUCAGAGAUCCCUGGCGAAGAGCUGGGCUGCUGCUGCCGGAGGAGCCCUCUGGCUCCCCUCUCCCCGGCUACUGUGGCUAUUUCCGCCUGCGGCAGGUGGGACCCCUGUGCCGCAGGCAAGCCUGGAGCCGCCGGCUGCACCGGGACAAGCAGGUGUGUGUGGAAUGCUGGGGGAAUCUGUCCCACCACCGACCCCAUUGCACUGGACACGGCCUGCAAGGAGCCAGGACAUUUUGGGUGGCUGCUUCUGUGGUGGGGUGCCAGGGCUCAUGGGUGCAGGAGGGCCUGCAGGAGGGCUGCAUUUGCUCCCCACCAGCUCUCAUCUUCGUCUAGGAUCCCCCUGGGAAGGUUUGCUGCUCACCCUUGGUGCCAGCUCCCUCCAUUUUCCAUUAAAUAUUUUGCUGAAGAAUGGAAAAACACUUAUAAAGACUGAAAAUAAGUGAAUUUCUAAAGUGUGGUGAUUAAUGGUAGAAGAACCAAGCUUGAUGAGGUAAAGUCUGGGUGAGAUGAUUAUGCAGUGGUGACAUGAUGUGAUGAUAUCAUGCUCAGCCAUGACAUCAUACUUUCAAUGAGCUGCAACUGGCAAGAAACCUAAGGAUGGAGGCAGCAUCCUUCCUCUUGUCUGAGCCCACUCCCUGCAGUAUCAGGUGAUCCAUGCAGAGCAGUUCAGCCCUGCUGGGUGUUGCAGAGAGAAGUUAAACAGACACCCCAAGUCUGCACAUGGGCGAUGGUGCCGGUGUCCAGUUUCAGCUGUGGGGCUUGGCAGCCCCCACUGGAAGGAAUGAGGCUGGACUGGGGAGUGCUGCUGCCCUUCCCCACUCCUCACCCAGCACCACAUGACCUUGCUGGCGGGGUCCCUGCUCCUGCUUUGGGUGAUGGCACCACAGCCUCUGAUGGGAGCACAUGCCUUGCCAGGGCUGGAUCUUGCUCCACUGCAGGCAGAGGCUGGUGCCUGUUCGCUGCCCCAGGACAUGUUUGGCUCCUGCAGCCUGCUCACACAUCACCCUCCUGGCAGGGGA